AGCAACGCCAACGGCCUGGCCAGGAGACCAAACUAGGCCUAGGGAUCCCCCGAAGUCGAAACCAAGGGCGGCGAGAGAGCGAGCUCGGAGGGAGGAAAGGCGGCAAGGAGCGGCCCGUCGCCACUCUGUCCUCCGCCACCCUGAAUUUUGAGAAUGAGCUGAGGAAGUAGCAGGAAGGGGCCAUGUCAGGUGCAAUGCAGGAAUUGGGUACGACUCGAAUGCACGACUCAGAUUAAGAGUUACUUAGAUUAGAGUCACUAGGAAGCCCUGCUGGAUUUUUUUUUUUAAAAAAUCUUAAUUGAAAAUGUUUUCAGGAGCAAGAGCAAUCCUAUGCAAAAGCAGCAUGCGGGUGUAAAUGAAGCCAGUGUAGUUACAGCAGAUUCAAACCCUGUUCAGCAGCAAGGCUGCUGCUGUUCUGCCUUAGCCUGGCAGAGGGGAAAUAGGCCUUUCAAAUAGCGUGCUAUGCUAGAUUGUCAGGCCGCUGGAGCUGAAUGGGUUUAGGAUCCAGCCUAAGUCCCUUUUGCAACCACUUUAGCUCAGCCAGCUGUGCCAGGAUGAGGCAAUUACACCAGCAUAACUUCAGCUGAGCUGGAUUGGAAAUUUAACACUGGCUGAGCUGGGAAUCAGCCAGCGAAACCAAAUAUCUGCUCAUCCCAGUGCACUUUGUCUAGGACUGCCCCUUCAUCUGUCCUUUAUGUGAUUUAAAUAAUAAUGUCUCAUUCUCCCAUACUGUUUUCUAAAUUCUAGAACACUUCAGAUUUUACUACAGUGUUUCAAAUGUUUGGCCUAAAUUUAAAACACGUUUCUAAUUACAGUGGUACCUCUGGUUACGUACUUAAUUUGUUCCAGAGGUCUGUUCUUAACCUGAAACUGUUCUUAACCUGAAACUGUUCUUAACCUGAAGACCACUUUAGCUAAUGGGGGCCUCCUGCUGCCGCUGCGCCGCCGGAGCACAAUUUCUGUUCUCAUCCUGUAGCAAAGUUCUUAACCUGAAGCACUAUUUCUGGGUUAGCGGUAACCUGAAGCAUAUGUAACCUGAAGCAUAUGUAACCUGAGGUAACCACUGUAUUUCUGUUCUCAUCCUGAAGCAAAGUUCUUAACCUGAGGUACUAUUUCUGGGUUAGAGGAGUCUGUAACCUGAAGCGUAUGUAACCCGAGGUACCAUUGUAUACAUUUAUAUGGUUGCUGCACAGAGCUGCCUGCUUCCCCCAGUUUUGCACUGCACAUCCUGUGGUAAAAUCUAUUGUAAUGGGAUUAAGCAAGCAUGUGACCCUUUUCACAACCAGACACAAUAAUCUCAUCCUGUAGGCUUCUAUUCACAAUGAAUCAGGAUGGAGACACGUGUGACAAAGUGGUAACUCAGCAGAAUCCUUAAUCACCAGACCAGCAAGAGAGAAGCUGCAGAAUACACUGCAAGAAAGCAAACCAACUUCUUACUAAUUGGUCUGAUCUGGAGGAAAAAUACAUCAAUUCAAUAUGCAGGAAGUGAUUGGUUUCUGCAGAACUGUAUCUCCAGGAGUAAAUCAUUUUAAAUGUAGGUGUUUUAGUUUUUAGACGGCUCUCAAAUAAACUUUCUGAUGAAUCAGCCUCACGGCCCACAGAGGUGACAAAGAAAUAAAGAAGGGAAAGAGAAAACAAACCCUUGGAAUAUAAACUUUGUGGCACUUUUGAACUGAGUUUUGGAAUAUACUGUUUCUGAACUGGGUGACUUUGGUGAUUUAUUAAUGUAAAAGGUUUUCAUUGAUGUUCUGAUACUCAUUGCUGGGAAUAAUACAUGAAGGAGAGUUAUGGACUACUUUGUUUCUUAUUCUGAGAAGCAGUGCUUUUCAGAAUUAUUUGACUCUUCUGAUGGGGAGGAGAUGGAAGAGGAAAGGAUGGAGAGAUAUGCAGCAGAUUUAGAGAUGAAUCCUUUUGAUGGAUUGCCAUUCUCUUCCCGUUACUACAAACUUCUCAAAGAAAGAGAGGAACUUCCAGUCUGGCAAGUGAAAUAUGCUUUCAUGGAAAGUCUGCAUCAUCAUCAGAUUGUGAUUGUUUCAGGAGAUGCCAAAACUGGUAAGAGCUCCCAGGUGAGUGUUUGUAACAAAGCACUUGCAGUAUGAUAUGAAUUAAUUAUAUGCAACAUUCAUAUUUUUAAAAUAGAUCUUGUAAUUGACAGAACAUUGAACUAAGUUUUUAGGCAUGUGAUCCUGUAUGUUACCACUUAUUGAACAUCCUAGAAUGUAAAACUGUUGCCUGCUUUCAGUGAUUGUCCUGUAGUAUUCCAAUAUUGUCAAAUGUAUUAGGCCAAUCAAAAUCUCAUCUGCACAACAUUAAUUGCAGUAGGCUUGGGAGUGGUGGUGACAGGAAUGGUUUUACUAGGGCUUCAGGACUGAGGUCCUUAAAAAAACAGGACCCAUGAUCCAGUUUUGUACUGCACAGUUAAAGAUUUGUUCAUGCAGGAGGGGAUCUCUCUCAACUGUUGAGUUUCAAUACUUGUUUGGCAUGUAGUAUGCGAGAGAUUGCCAUUUUUUAAAAAAAAGUUCAAAAGAUCAGUACCUGAAGUUCAUUUCACCAUAUAGUUUGACAGAAUGCACUUCUUAUUGCCUAUUUGAUUAUAUUAUCCAACAUUUCAUUGUAGGUGGUUGAAAAGUCAAGAAUUAAAAUGUGAUAUGGUUUUAGAAACAGAGGACAAAUUAACUGAUAAAUGUUGUAUUUCAUAAAAUUUAUACACUGCUUGUUUGUUAAAAAAUAACCUUAUUUUAUCUUUACAAAAAGAUAAAAUAAAAGCAAGAAAAAAUAUCAAAGCCAUACUUCAAAACAUACAAAAGUUAAAACAUUGUACUUAAACAGAUUAAUAUGAUUAGAUAUAUAGAUAGAGAUAUAGUGCAUGUUUAGAAUUUUAACUUUAAAUUCCAUGAAUUUCUUUAUCAUGUAUAAGACAAGCAUAAUCAAUCAGUAGUUACUUCCAUAUGAGCUACAUUGAAAUCAAUUCACUAAGACAAGAAAAGGCAAUCUGUUUCCCAAGGGCAUCUGCCAGCCCCCUCCACUGGCACAAGGACUUUGAACUUUCAUCACCACAAGCAUUUCAAAAAGUUAAGAACAUUCAUUUCUGCUAUUAAUGUAUGACAUAUAUAGGGCCAUCUCAGUGACUCCACUAUUAUGGAAUACUUCCCACACACCCAGGCUCAAAUGGACCUCUUUCUUCUAGUUAGUGAAGAAGACAUUUAUAUUCCAGCACUUAUACCUUGCCAUACUGUCAAUAAAACAGGAGUGAGCUACCUUUCCAGCAUGAGGGCCACAUUCCUUCAUGGGAAACCACAAGGCAACAUAACCACAAGGCAACAGAGGUUUAGGAGGUUUUCUCCUUCCCCAAGAUAGGCUACCUUCCCAGGCUGGUGAGCCCCAUUUCCCCCUGAUUUCCCUUAACAGCACAUGAAGAAAAGUCUUCUUGACCAUUGUACCUGCUAUUGGCCUCGUCUUCAAAUGCAGGGGAUAGAUAAGUCCUUAACUCACUGAGGGUUUAAGACCCAUCGGCUACCCUUACCUGGUUUAGCUGGCCAGUUGCAGCUGUUUCCCAGGAUGUCACCACUGUUACGUGUUGACUGCUUCUAUGAGCCACAGGUGAGAGCUGAGUGCAGGUUUGGGGACCAAAGAUGUACAAACUUCCCCAGAAGAAACACAACGUGUCCCCACCAGAGAUACUGCCCUCCCCUAACAUCUAAUUCAAUCAUUUAAACAAUUAUACAUGAUGGUGCAUAAACUGACCCUUUAUUAAUUUUCCUUUCAAAAGGAAAGAAUAUAUUUUGUUCCCCUGUUUUAUAGCCAUGUGGAUUACUCCAAGAAUGUCUACAGAUGUACAACCCCCAUGGAGUUCCUCUACAAAUUCCAGAGUUAUGGCAAUAAAUACAAACAAUCCUUCUGCUUCAAAUAAACAUUAACAUCAGCUGUUUACUUCUUUCUGACAGAUGGUCAUUUUGUGCUAAAGUGACUGAGCAGAGCCAGGGCUGUAAGCCCAGAAGGAAACACAGACAGGGAUUUGGCCCCCCUGACCCUGAUCAGAAAUGUCCCUCACACUGUUAAACCAAGCAAGGAACCAAAAUGCUCAAGUAUGAUAGGGUUGGUGUCCUUUUCUCCCCAGAGGCCAUUCCUGUCACUUCUCUAAUAUACUCAGGCUAAUCUAGUUCAGAACAAGAAAUUCCCAGACCUGUCUUUCACUUUAUGUUUGACCACUUAACUGACUCGGGGUCUUGACAUUUAUCCAGGAAAAUAAUUUCCAUUUAUUGAACUGUUCAGCUGCUAGUAGGCAGACAGCUAGCAAGCAAACAGCAGAUGUUCACUUGAGACAGCACAUGUAAUCAAAUAAGCUUGUGUAUUCAUUUCAUAGAUGGAUUCAUUCCUCUCUAACUUUUUUAAUAUUAAAGGUGCCCCAGUGGUGUGCUGAAUAUUCUCUUUCCACUCAUUUUCAACACGGAACAAUUGUGUGCACACAGACACAUAAACAUACAGCAGUAUGGCUGGCAUUGCAAGUAGCUGAUGAGAUGGACGUCAAUAUUGGUCAUGAAGUGGGUUAUGUGGUCCCAUGUGAGAGCUGCUGCAAUAGUGAAACGAUCCUGAGGUUUGUGCAUUCAUAUUCAGUCCCUCUAAUAUGUACAGGUACUCUAGAUAACCUACAUACAAAUGUGUAAUUCCAUUAUGCUCUAGCAUCACACACUAGCUAAGAAACCGAGCCUGAUACAGUUCCAUGAAGAUUAUGUGGCAAGACUAUAAAGGUCUUGAUCUUCAGUAGCUCUAUGUGAUAAAGUGAAUGGGUUGCAUUGAACCAGAUACUGAGGUCAAAAUGAGUCGGGGACAGGGUUAUCAUUCCCCACCUUACAAAUACAUGUGCUAUUGAUGUCUCUGUGGAUCCCUUUAAUUAACCAACUUAGAUGUGGAAAUGUGAAAAAACAAAUUACUGCAUUUAGGAACAUUGUUGUGGAUGUAAAAUUUGGCUGUCAGAUGGCCUAAACCCUACCCUAUAGGAGAUGCAUCAUGUUUCUGUGCAUGUAAUGCACACACAUAUGUGUACAUGUAUGGCAUACAGCUUUACCCUAGCUUUUGACACUUGAGGUGUAUAUUUUUGGGACCCAUCUUAGUACUUGACCUCCAAUUCUGACAAGCUGUUUUUUUACUUUUUCUGAGCAUAAAUCAACUCUGUGCUCACAGUCUGGCAUGUUAAAACCUACUGCAGUCAGUGGAAUUUAGGCUGCAAUCCUGUGUUUACUUACCUGUGAGUUAUCCCUGUUGAACACACUGGGACUUCAUUUUGAGGAAACACACAUGGGAUUGCUGUGUCUUUCUCAUACCAAAUAUAUGCUGAAUUAUUGCCUCCUCCACAUGCAGCUGCUAGUCACACUUCUCUGAAGUCUCUCAGCCCCACUCACCCCACAGAGUGUUUGUUGUGGGGGAGGAAGGGAAAGGAGAUUGUUAGCCGCUUUGAGACUCCUUCAGGUAGUGAUAAAGUGGGAUACCAAUCCAAACUCUUCUACUCUUCUUCUUGCAGGUAUGACAGGCUAUUCUAAUCUGCCAUGAUUUCUCCGACCCCACCACUUUAGUGCAAUUUUGUUGAUAUUUUCAUUUUGAAGGAAAAACCUGGGCAGAUUAUGCAUAGCCUGAAGAAUGCAUGCUGUCUCCUUCAGCUUACCGUAUGUCAUCACCAAUUUUGAAUAAUGAUCUUUCUUUCUUUGCAUGGCUACAGAUACAGUACAGAUGACAUGCUACAAAGAGAAAUGAUGUCCAAUCCCUUUCUGAGCAAUUAUGGAAUCAUCAUUUUGGAUGAUGUGCAUGAAAGAACUCUCCCAACAGAUGUAUUGCUUGGACUCCUUAAAGAUGUAGUGAUAUUAAGACCCGAGCUGAAGCUAAUUGUAAUUACAUCUACUCAGAUGUGCACCAAACUACAGACAUAUUAUGGCAGCACGUCUCUCAUAACAGUGAAAAGCAGAUACCAGGUGGAGGUUGUGUAUACCUGUUGCAUUCAGAAAGAUAAUUUCUCUUCUGCUUUAAGACUGCUUUUUGAGAUUCAUAACUCUAAAGAGAGAGGUGAUAUCGUGAUCUUUCUGGCCUGUGAACAAGUAAGUAAAUCAUUUAAUGUAUCACAGAAAAUAUUUGCAUACUUGGGCUUCCAUGUUAGGAUGAGCAAUUUCCGUAACCCCUUCUGUAAUUAGGCCAAUUUUUAAAAAGUAUUCAUGUUGUACUAAGUCUACAGUUCUAUAUAUACUUACUUGGGAGAAAGUCCCAUUGAACUAAGUAGGGUUUACUUCAGAGUAGGCAUGCCAAUAAUUAUGCUGUAAGGUAACUGUAGCAAGCUACUUUUAGGAAGAUCUAGCAUCAGCUCACUUUACCAAGGCUGCUAUCUAGGUUGUGGCUUAUUCCUCUCACAGAGCUACAAUUCUCAAAGCGAUUUAACAGUCAAUCUCUCUUCCGAGGGAACUAUGAGAAUUGUACUGCUGUAAGGAGAAUAGGGGUCUCCUAAAACUUCCAGCGGGACGUGGGUGGUGCUGUGGGUUAAACCACAGAGCCUAGGACUUGCAGAUCAGAAGGUUGGCAGUUCGAAUCCCUGUGACGGGGUGAGCUCCCAUUGCUCGGUCCCUGCUCCUGCCAACCUAGCAGUUCAAAAGCACGUCAAAGUGCAAGUAGAUAAAUAGGUACCGGUCUGGCGGGAAGGUAAACAGCAUUUCUGUGCGCUGCUCUGGUUCGCCAGAAGCGGCUUUGUCAUGCUGGCCACAUGACCUGGAAGCUGUACGCUGGCUCCCUCGGCCAAUAAAGCGAGAUGAGCACCGCAACCCCAGAGUCGGUCACAAGUGGACCUAAUGGUCAGGGGUCCCUUUACCUUUACCUUUACCUUUAAAACUCCCAGCACCCUUAACAUAGUACAGCUCCCGUGACUCUUUGGGAGAAGCCAUUAUGGUUUAAAGAGGUCUAAAACUGUUUUCAGUGUAUAGUACAGACGGAGCCCUAGAUAGCAUAUCCUAUAAUAGUGGGUCUUUAGAUUUUCUGGGAUCAAAACUGCUACUAAGAAAUCAAGGUGAAUAAUCAUGUAGGCAAAGCAUUUUGGUCCUGUAUGUAUCACUUUGACAUUAAAAGACUUGGGGGAGGGGACAGUAGUAUGCAAAAGAAAUACUUUAAGCCUUUGGAGAGAGAGAAGUGCAUUUUAAAUUGCAUUAUACUCUUUUCCAUAUCUUUUGCAAGCAAUCAUUUUCUAUAAUGUGAAAGAAGAAGAACGACAUAAUUUAACAAAUACUUUAGAGCUGUUGAAUUCUUACACUUUUAUGCCUUUAAAUUCUCAAACUUAAUUUUUCAAUUAAUGGUUUCUUUAGCAUUUUAUUGAUUUUUAUUACCCCCAGAGAGUUCAUCUGCCACUGGGGAGAAUGCUAUAAAGCAAAAUUGCAAUUCUCCUAUAUGUUCAAUUAUUUUAAUAGCGAUAAAGAAAAAUUAGUCACUUUCAUAUAUGGUUUAUAGCACUUUUGAUACUUUAAAUUCUAAAUAGACUAAGAACAUAAUAGUAAUUUUCAAAGUUAGCAAGAUAGAGAUUCUUCCAAAUUAAUUUGUCCUAUUUCUGGGAAGUGUAUGGAACACACUGAUAUGGAAAAUCAAGGCGCCAUGUUAUAAUUUUUCAUUACAGUAUUACUGUUCUAGUAGUAUGUUAAUGUUUUGUUAUGGAUAUUAGAAUGUCUUUCUGUGAGAUUGGUAUAGCCAUGAUAGACUGUCAAAUGGCAGAAAUCUGUAAGGAAUAUGGCACUUAAGCAAAUGGGGGAAGGAAGAGAAAGAAGCCCCUUCUUGGGCUGAAAUAAAUUCCUCAAGAAACAGAAUUGCCGCAUUACCGUAUAUGAUGUUUCUAUGUAUGCUUCUGUUACAAUUUCCUCAAUUUAAUCAGCAUUAUGACUGUUAUAUUUUUGCCAUUAGAGCUUAACAUAGAAAUAAAAUCCAUUAAAAAGAGAGAAUAGAUUCAGAAUUGGCACAGUGAGCCUGUUUAAUUUUCAUGAAAGAUGUCUUCACUGCUUCUAGGAAAUUGGAAAAGCCUACAAGAUUAUUCAACAAGAAGGGCCUAAUUUAAAUCCUGAACUUGGUGAAUUGGUCCCUGUUCUUCUCUAUCCCAGUGAAAGAGAGAGAAUCCUCAAGCCAAAUGAAGAAGGGCCGUGCAAAAAUUACAGGAGAAGAGUGUUGCUAACUACAAGCUUUGGGGGAUCUUUGGUUUGGAUUAAAACUGUGGCCUUUGUUAUAGAUGUUGGGAUAGAGAAAAGAAAGGUAAGUAAAAUAAUAUUUAAUAAAUUACCAGUGGGGCAACACAUGUCUCAAAGGUGAGGUUUCACAUACCUGCAUAGUUCAUUAUGGUGUGGAUCUUGAUAUGUACUUGUUUAAAAGGCUGGCAUAAUUUUCUAUUCCCUCCCCCCAUGUACAACAGGGAUUCACCUGCCUCUUGUCUCUUUCCCCCACCCCCAUAGUUCCUUCCACACCCUCAAACUCUGUGCUGCAGCAUUGGAAGUCAGCUCAAUCAACAUUUUUAAUUAAAACAGGUUUUCAGUGCAGAGGCCAAAUUGUAUUUUCAUUGAUUUUCAAGCUUCUUGGUUUUAUUUUUAAGAAACGUCAGUCCAGACAAAUAUACAUGUAUGAAGGGAUGUCCUUUCUUGAAAUAGCCAUUCAGCCAAUACAGAAUUCCAUGUGAGCUCUGCUGUGUUUAAAACAAAACAAAACAAAACACUGACAUGAAAAGAGGAAUGUUUUUGCAGAUUCCAUUCUCCAUUCACUGAAAUAAAUGGAGAACUAUUCCAGGCAUGGGAUCUUGCUGCACAUCAGAGCUCCUAAGCCUGAACCAUUGCUGCUUCCAGAUGGGUGGCUGCUAGCACUGAUAAAUCAUUGCUUUUUCACUGUAAACUACAACUGAGAAUGUAAUUGACUUUCCCCACAUUUGGGGUUAUUGCACCUGCUUUCUGUGAUUAUCAUGGAAUAUGAGUCAAGUGUAUCAAGCAGUGGUGGGUGUGGGACUGGACAGGAAUACAGGAGGAACUCAUAGACCUGUUAUGCACCCCUUAUCUCCCAGUUCUGCCUGUGUCUGUAUGAUGCAGGUGGCACUGUGGUCUAAACCACUGAGCUUCUUGAGCUUGCCGAUGAGAAGGUCACCAGUUCGAAUCCCUGUGACGUGGUGAGCUCUCGUUGCUCUGUCCCAGCUCCUGCCAACCUAGCAGUUUGAAAGCACGCCAGUGCAAGUAGAUAAAUAGGUACUGCUCUGGCGGGAAGGUAAAUGGCAUUUCUGUGCGCUCUGGUUUUCCUCACAGUGUUCUGUUGCACCAGAAGCGGUUUAGUCAUACUGGCCACAUGACCCAGAAAGCUGUCUGUGGACAAAUGCCACCUCUCUCGGCCUGAAAGUGAGAUGAGCGUGCAACCCCAUAGUCACCUCUGACUGGGCUUAACCAUGCAGGGGUCCUUUCCCUUUACCUAUAUUCACAUAGACAUAGGAAAAGGGGGAGAAAGAGCUAUUUUGAGUCUAUGGGAGUACUGUGUGUGCAGGCACUGCAUCCUCAGUGGACUGGUGUGUUUUAUUGAAGAGAAUUUCUCCAAGAUAUGACAGCAAAACUACAACGAUCCUGACAGGAACAAGUGGUGUUUCAGUCAAUUUAUCAAACUGCUUUCACUUUUUCAUUUCAAGACAAGUGAAACAAUAAUAAAUAUUGUGGAAAGGAAAUGAAUUUGCAGCCAAGCAUUUCAUGAAACACAGCAAGAAAAACCUUCUAAGCAAAAACUCAAUGCAAAUCCAUUGCAAUCUUGCUCAAUCUUUCUUUUUUUCAACAAAGUCAUGUCUCUCUUGAUUUGCAAGGUAUACAGUCCUCGAAUCAGAACAGAUGCUGUUGUGAUACAGCCCAUUAGCAAAAGCCAAGCUGAGAUGCGUAGGCAAAUUCUGGGCAUGUCUUCAGGUAAGGAGGGGGGAAUCAUUGUCAGCUUUAAACAACCGUGUUUAUCAUAAGAGAAUGUGUUGAAGCAAGGUUGUUGUUGAAUUUCCUGACAGGUAAAUGUUUCUGCCUCUACCCUGAAGAAUUUACAGAUAAUGAAGUGAAGCUGCUACCACCGGCCAAAAUUCAGGAAUCCAACUUGACUAGCAUGGUUCUUUUUCUGAAAAGAAUGGAUAUUGCAGGCCUAGGCCACUGUGAUUUCAUGGAUAGGCCAGGUAAUACCAAAUUGUUAUCCAUUUUCUUAGCCUUAGUCUGCUGUCUGAACCAGGGCUCAUGGUUCAACACUCUCCUUGCUAACCAUAAACUGUAACUAAGGUCUACUCUUAUGGUGUGUUUGCACACAACCUGUUUAUUUUUAUCUGCUGUACAUGUUCCAGAAUGAAAGUUGAGUAUUUGAGGGGAAUUUUUGGUCAGGAACGCAUUAGAAAAUUUCCCAUAUUAACAAAUGGGUAUUGUCGACUCGAUACAUGAACACUCGCCUAACAAACGAUUUCCAUGGAACACAUUGUGUUCAGGUAGCAGGAUCUGCCUGUACAUACAUAGCUACCUAGCACCUGCCUCUUUGCCUGUAGCAUUCCCCUAAAUAAAUAAAGACAUGGAUAGAUAAUAUAAGAUAGCAUAAGCUUCGUAUAGCACAGAUUAUGUGACCACAGUGGUUGUCAGUUACACCAUUAGAAUAAAACGGACGCUCACAAAUAAUAUCAUAACCCAAGCUCUGCUAAUACUGUGCUUAGGGUGGCAGCUUGAUAACUACCGUGAUCUAACUCUUAAGAUCAAACUUGAUGUUACAAUAAAGACAUGGUGGCCAUCAGGAACAGAAGCCAUGUGUAUAGUAUUAGUAUUAAUUUACAGUGUCUAAGAUGUUCCAGGCACUGAACAGAGAUUAAAAGAAAGACAAUCCCUGAUCACAAUCUAAUAGAUAUGAUACAGAAAGGAACAUUGUUGGGGAGGGAAGCAGAAAGCAUGCAAAUGUCAGCGCUAACAAUUGCAGUGAUAAAAUAUUACCAGUAUCUGCUUGUAAACAGGUCUUGUUUCUGGUGAAAUUCCUGGCUUUUAGCUUUAUCCUUUAGCAAGUGCUCUGUGUUUAGCAGUUACUAAAGAUAACCUGCAAUUCAAGCCAAUUCUUUAUUUAAUGGAAGUGCCACAUUAAACAAUAAUGUAAUCUUCACUUCUACAAAAGAUAAAGCCUGACUUUCAGCAAGAUGGAGCAAUUCAUUUAAAUAAAACAGCUUUUACAGAUCUUUAACAAGUACUUCUUUUGUAUUUCCAGAUUUAUUGCAUUUAUCACUCUUGUUUUGACCUUAAAAAAAAAAACACCUUUUAAAAAACCAUGAAAAAAUAUGGGAAGGUAACACUUUCCUUCCUGAACAGAGAGGCAUUGUGCUUUCAAAAGGGAGUGAGAAACAUCGGUUAUUGUUUCCCCUAUAUAGUGUUGCCUCUCAAAAUUGUCAUUCUAAGAAUCUCCUUUGGUAUGCUGCACAGCAAGCUUUGUGUCUGCUUUCAGUACUGACUAGGAUAAUUUAAAGGUGGGUUUUGUAUUUUCAGUUUAAAGUGGAAGCAAGAAUAAAGCAAGGUCAAACUGGAUAGUAUCAGCUGUGGAGAUGAUCACUCAACCUCACAGUCUGUUAUGUUUUUAUUGAAAAUACAGAACUCUUAACUGUCAUCCAAAUAUGUGAGGAGCCUCCCUUGACAAUCCAUAGCCAAUUUCCAUUCUAAGUAAGAAUGAGCUAUGUUUUGUUGCAUUAGGAAUGGCCUCAGAAGGAAGUCCCUCCACAUUUUGAAUACUAUGUACAGUUUUGAUUGGCUCAUCUCAGAAAGGAUAUUGUAGCUCUGGAAAAGGUCCAGAAAAACUAUCGUGAUUGGAGCAUCUUCCCUACGAGGAAAGACUAAAGCAUUUGGGGGCUUUUUAGUUGAGAAAGAGAUUGCUAACUGGGGACACAAUAUCGGUUUAUAAAAUUAUGCAUGUUCCUCCCUCAUAAUAGUAGAACUUGGGAUCAUCAAAUGAAAUUCUGGGCUGUAGACUCAGGAAAGAUAACUUGUUUCUUCAUACAUGUAAUUAAUUUACAGAGUCCACUGCCACAAUAUGUGGUGAUAUUUACUAGUUAGAAGUGUUUAAAGGGGGAUUGGACAAUUUGGUGGACAGGGAAUAUUAAUCACUGUGGUUAUAUUGCACUUCCAUGUUCAGAAGCAGUUGUCCACUGAGUACCAAUUGCUAGGAAGCAACAGCAUACUGUAGUAAUUGGAAUGUUAAAAAAUAAUAAUAGUAGGUCUGGGGAGACCCAGGAUCAAACUCCCAUUCAGCCAUAAAGCCAUCAUGCAACCUUUCAGCGUAGCCUACCCUACAGGGUUGUUGUGAGGUGAAAACUUGGGGAGAAACAUGUACACCAUCCUGAACUCUUUUUUGGAAAGAGGGGAUAUGAUUGUAAUAUAGACAUAAAUAAAUAGCAGAAGAUGUCUAGUGCCUUGAGGCUCUUCUUGUGUGAUUCCAAGCGUUAUAUAGUUUACUGCUGUGGGAAGCAGAAACUGGACUAGAUGGAGGUUCUGAAGUACAUUGCCUGAAAUGCGGUUCAGUAAGAGACUGAAUUUUUCAGGGUGAUAAUUGCUUAAGAUGAUUCUCUGGCAGACUUCUCUGCAAUGCCAUUUUAGAAAUACAUUAUAGUUGCCAUUAUGCCUUCCAAGUAUACUUCAUCUUUACUUUGCAGAGAAUUGAUUCACUCUCAGGAUGAUUGAUUAUUUAGGUACUAUUUUUUAAUCACUUAGUGGUACUGCAUUAGAUCUAUUUUGAUUUCUCAGGUACAUUCCCUCCAUAUGGUACUUGUACUUAGGGACUUAUCCCCAUGACAAAAAUCGCUUCAUUUAUGAAUGGUGUGUGCAUCAUUCAGCUUUUUGUCCAUGUAUUGUGUACUUGGCAAUAGUGGAUUUUGUGUGCCAAAAAUGAUUUGAUGCCUUUUUAGAAUCUUAUUCCAUUUAAAUGAAUGGGGAAGCCUUUAGACGUGGGCAGUACCCCACCCCACUUCCUUUCCCCCCUGCAAAUUUGAAGGAAGUGGGAUGCUUUCAAAGUUUGGGGGAAGAAAGAAAGUAUAAUGUUUAGGCCAGUCUCAAUCAGCUGAAAGACAUGGGGUGAUUAUAGGCCCACGUGAAAAGGGGUGGGAUGACACCCCACUUCAAGCAAUUUGUUUUACUAGACUGGGGCCCUGUUACAUCUUUUAACCUAGCCAUUUCCUUUUGACUUUAUCAUAGUCUUUUUUUUUUUUGUUAUAUAUAAUAUGUUCAGAGAGCCUUUAUAGGUGAAGAGUGGGACAAAAUAUAUUUAAGAGAUUGGGGUUAACUAACAUCAUGCUGUCCAGAUGUUGUUGGACUGCACUUCCCAUCAACCCUAGUGAGCAUGGCCGGGAUGGUGAGAGAUGGAGUCCAGCAACAUCUGGAGGGCAAAAUAAUUGAAUGUGAACCAAUUAUCCACUUUCUGGUCUCUUGACUUAUGCCUGAGUCAUAUGAGUGAAUCUGAACAAUAUCCAAUGGCCCCAUUUGAAACUGUCCUGAGGCAGCUUUAGGUGUGAGUGUUCUCUGUUUAAAUAGUAAUGCACAUCAGCUUGCUAAGAACAGGUUGGAGUGUUGCGUUUGCAUAAUCAGAACCUAAAUUAGAAUCCCCUCUUGGCCAUGAAACUCAAGAGCAAUCUUUGAAUAGUCAAUCUCUCAGCAUAAAGUACAGUUUUGCUUUAUUUCAAGGUAAGGUUGAAUACCAAUGAUAAUAAAUACAGAGUAGCACAGCGUGGUAAUUCAAAGAAGUGCUAUUUACCAAGUGUUGAUACAUUAUAUAAGUUCUCCAUACAUGCAAUAGAUUAGAAAAGUAGUACCUGGUGGCAGUAGUCUUGGAUGGGUGCUCCCAAGUCAACUAUCCCGCAACAUUAGCUUGCUGAGUAGAUUAGCUAAGCCAAAACAAUAAUUUUACAGCUUGCCAUUUGCCAGCCAGUGAACCUUCUCUUUGUUUAAUGUCCGCAAGUCAAAGUGUGUCCCAAGCUACAGCCCAUUGGGCUGGCACAGUAAAAGCACACCUGUUUCUAAGGACUAUGAUUAAAGCUGUUCUUUCUUCAUGGCAAGGUAUAGAAAAAUGCAGACAUUUGCAAAGCUGUAUAGUAUGUUUGUUGUCCCUCUGAGGUUAAGCACCAAUGUCCUCGCAUUCAGAUGUGAAAUUGAGAAUUGCUUUGUCCAGAUGCUAUGGGAAAGAGCCUGGAAAGACCAAAAGGCACAUUAUCAGACAAAUCUUCCUCCUUCCUCCUAUGUUUAAAAGUAAGCAAAUACAAUUCUCUUCUGUAGCACUAGCGCACUUCUACCAAGAUAGAUUUGGGUCUGGACAGCUAAACCAUUUUCCUCUCCUUAAAAAUGUUGGCCUUUCCAGAUUAUCUCUUUAAGGUGGCCAUAAGAAAUCACUUUGAGCAUAAGCUUCCUAUUUGCAUCGUGGGGAUAAUUGUAUUGGCCUACCUUUCAUAGCUGCAGAAAGGAUUACUGAUGAUGCCAUCCUUCCUUUUUUUUAGUGAUUGAACUACUUGGACAUAAGAUAAAGUUGUGGUUUUUUCCUAUGACAUCUGUGGAAUUAGACUUGUUUAAAUGGGAACGUGGAAUUUUAUAAUACAGUGAAUAACACUGAAUAUAGCACUCAAGUGGUUCAAAGUUGCUGCUUCUCUGUGCCUCUUUCUCUUUUCAUACUAGUGUCUUGUACAGAACAACACAUGAUCAGUAAUAGGAGAAUCAGCAUGAUGUCUCUUGCAAUGUCUAUUUCUGUCUGAAUAGAACUUCAGAUAAUGAUGGUUAGCUGUUUGCUAGUUUCUUUUACAAAUUUCACCUGUAAAAUUUACAUUCUGCUUUGCAUAGUAAUUAUCCCUUUUAAAAUGUAUUAAAAAUCUAACCAGUUUAAGUAGGCAAAGGUAUAUGUGAAAAGCAGCUCUAUUUUGUUUUUAUAUAAUGGAGGGAACAAAUGUAGUUGAAUAUUUUUAUAUAGCUGAUUCCUUUUCAGUGCACUGUGACUGUGGCAGCCCUUGAUUCACAAAGCCCUAGGUGGAGCUUGCCUCUUGGCUCCCAGUAACAUUGACCUGGUCAGACCAGACGUAAUAAAAAUGACAUUGUAUGUUGUUAAAGUCCUAUUUUGUAAAGCGCUACAUGUCCCUGUCCUUUAUUAAGAAAGGCUUUCAGAAUUAAACACAGGAGUUGCUUUUGUUUCUCUUAUUUAUGAUGAGCUUUAUUUAAACCUGAACAAUACCAUAAAGAAUUCUCAAAUGAACCUCUGCCAUUUUUACAAUGACUUUUUUAUUGGCUGCAUUUGUGCCUGCAAAUGCAGACUAAUAUCUGAAAACCCUAUUCAAGGUUUUUUUUUAUUUUAUUACUGUUCCUUCACCUGUAUAAUCUGCAUUUAUUAACUUGUCCUUUCCAAUAUAAUAAAAAAUGAAGCACUUUUUUUAUUAUUAUAAUGCUGAAGCAAAAGCCUAGAGUCAUUCCUGUUUCCCAGUCUCGGAGCAACCAACUUGGAGAUAUAAAAAUGCAAAACAGUAAGACUCCCCAGAGAAUAGAAUUGGCUGCGGAGCCAGAUGCUUCCAAGGACAAUAGCCAUAUAUUCAGCUCACAAUACAAACUGCUUUAUUGAUUUAUAGAAAUUAGUUUACCAUGAUUCCCUGGUAAUUACUUCAAAGGCUCAGUAGCCAUUCAUGCCGCCCCGCCCCCCCUUUUAAAUCUUGCAUCCCUAUUUUUCUGUCACCGACUCUUGGUUUCUCCCAUUCAUCAGCUGUUACUUUUCAUUUCAUGGCUCAGUGAUAAAACUCUCCAACUUUCCCCCCCUUAAAUAUCCAACCUGUUUUCUUCUUCGAUGCUUUGACUUUCUCAAGGACUCAUCUUUUAUCGCAUUAAACCUUACAGGCUGGCUAAUAAAUGUUCUCUCUUCUCCAUGAUGUGCAGGCAGGGAUCUGAAUUCUAAUAAUAUUAAAUCAGAUCUCUAGGCAAACACAUGGUAUCUUUGCUGAGUAUUGUAAGAUGGUCAAAAAUUCAAGUUGUUUGGCAUGCAGCCCACUCCUAUGCAUUAAAUCAGGGAUGAGGAACCUGCGGCCCUAAUGUUGCAGGACUCCAACUCCCAUCAGCCCCAACCAGCAUGGCCAAUGAGCAAGGAGGAUGAGAGCUGUAGUCCAGCAACAUCUAAAGUUACCCAUCUGCUGCAUUAAAAUUUAGUCCAGCUGAAUUAAAUGGGCUUAUUGCUAAGUAAUUGUGCACAGGAAUUUUGCAGAAGAUUGCAGCCUUUCAGAGAAGCCCAGUGGUCCAACUGUGAUGGCUGUCAUUAUUCUAUACCUUACCUUGGUAUAACUAGAAGGGAUUUAAUGCUUUCCUCCAAUGUUAGCAAUGUAUGUGUGCACCAACCAGUAUGUGGCAAUGGCGGGGAUGCCAUGAGAUUGUUUCUUAACCCAUUCCAUGCACUCUGCCACACACACGGCGCUUGUGUGCUGCUAGGAGGAAUCCACACCACCACAGGUAGCACAGAUUAGGUGUGAAACUCCCUAGGCUGUCCCUCAUGCAUAGGUUUGUCCCCAGGCAAAUGUGGCAAGAUAACCUGUUGCCCCAGAACCCUACAAAAACAAGAGCUGCCAUUCCAAUCAUAAUGAAUUGGGUAGCAUUCUAAGCCAGUGGACAGCCACAAGCAGCUACAAGCAGAUGUCAAGGAAAUGAACAACUAUCUGACUUUUAGAAGGCAACCCUGUUUAGGAAAGUUUUUAAUGUUUGAUGUUUUAUCAUGUUUUUAAUAUUCUGUUGGGAGCUGCCUAGAAUGGCUAGGGAAACCCAGCCAGAUGGGUGGGGUAUUAUUAUUAUUAUUAUUAUUAUUAUUAUUAAUAAUAAGAAUAAUUAAUAAUAUUUACUGGCAUUCCAAAUAGCAGAUUGCAGGAAAGCACCUUCUAGCCUUUUUUUCACUUCCAAGGAAAAUGUCAGGACCACAGAAGGACAACUAUCCCAGUCAAUAUAUCUGUCAGCUCCAUCGCCCUCAGUCUAGAAGCAAUACUGCACACAAAACCUGUAUGUGUCAGCACCCCCCUCCCCCCGGGAACACAUUGAAGCUCUGCUGUGGAACCAAGUUUUUCUUUGCAAACCUCUGGAAAGGCUUCCGGUGCUUCUGGGGAAGGCUUGCUCUUUGUUCCAGUGAUGAGGCCGAGAUAGCCAGAACUGUCAGCAAGGGCGGUGUGUGUGUGUGUGUGUGUGUGUGCGCGCGUGUGUACCUGUUUGAUCACCUAGUGGGACCUAGUGUAGAAGCAUCAUUAUCCAUAUGAUCACUUUUUAUUCCUGUUUGUUCCCACAUUGCUGUGUACAGGGGAGAACAGUUUUAAGAGUUUCUGGAAAAGAAGAAACUUUUUUGUUAUAGAGCAAAAAAUAAAAAUAGAUUUUUCCAUUUUUGAACCAUUUCAUAUUCCUCUCUCUCUUUUUUUGCUCUUUUGGGGUGUGUGGCAGCCAUUUUGUUCUAGGCCACACCCCCAGCGGCAAUUUUCUGACUUCGCACUGCCUCAAAAUUCCAAAUGUGCCCCUGGACCCAAAAAAGUUGGCAACUGCUGCACCAAUUUACCUGAGAGAGAAAUUAGGCAAAAAUUCCUGUAACCUUGUGAUAAUCAAAUACUUAGUUUAAUUCUGUCUGUAAAGGCAUUUCACUGAACAGUGACAGAAUGUAACAACCAGUGUAACUAAGCAUUUCUCCCCAUCCCAGCUCCUGAAAGUCUCAUGCAAGCUCUGGAAGAUCUGGAUUAUUUGGCUGCGCUGGACAAUGAUGGAAACCUUUCAGAAUUUGGAAUAAUAAUGUCAGAGUUUCCUAUCGAUCCACAGCUGUCAAAGGCUAUUUUAGCUUCGUGUGAAUUUGACUGUGUGGAAGAAAUGCUCACCAUUGCUGCCAUGGUAACAGGUAUUUUCUGAAGCGUUUGUGGCUACUGCUCAGGCCCAGUGUAAUUAUAUAGAACUACUGCCAUCAACCAUUUAUAGGAUGAUUAGUUGAUUCAUAGUUUGCCUUUUAACCAAGUAAAUGAGAAAAUUAAAAUAUUACAAAAACCUCAGUAGUGCCCCUUUGCAACAGUGAAAGACCUUACAGUUUAAUUAAAAAGUUACUGCUUCAUUAAUAAUUUCACCCUGUAUUUUGCUAACACACCUAAAUCAGAAUAAAUUUGAAAAAAGACAAGAGGUAUGCCCUUAACUCAAUCACCUCAUCAGUUAAAUUUGUUCCUUAUCAAUUAAUCAAGCAGAGGUUUCCUUAAUUAAUCUGCUUAUUAAAUUGAUUAAAGAUCAGAGCCAGAAAAAUCGCAGUACUCACAAUUAAUGAAAUGUAAAUUUAAAAAGGAUUCAAGUUAUUUUUUGUUUUGCACAGAUGUUCAGGGUGGGUUAUGUCACUUCUUCCACACAAUAUUUAAUGAGAAUAAAAUUAUACAGGCCUAUAGAGGCUUGCUCUGCAAUAUAGUAAAACACUGGUCUUAGUGUAAUGAUGUAGCAAAAAAGGUUAACACACCAAGCAAUGUUGUGCCAAUAUUCCCAUUGUUAUGCAUUUAUAGCUUUUCUGUCUCAUUCUACACAUACUGUAUUUAAUUACAAAUAAAUCCCACUGUUUUCUAGCAUUGUAGCAACACAUUAGGUCUAGUUGUCGCAAAUGUAGCAACACUUGGGUCCAGUUGUCGCAAAUAUUCAGUGAAGUGAUGAGCACUUCUCUUGAAUGUCCCACAUUAACUGGGAGAUCCCACAAUGGAAUUCUCAGCUCCCUCUUCCCCCUAAAAAAUACAUAGAAGACUUGCAUGUCAGAGAAGCCUGGUUCAUCAAGUUUUGCUUGCAGGAAUGUUUCCAUGGGGAAACAUUCUGUCAUGUGUGCUCCUAUCUACAACAUGAGGUCAAAACUAUGUAUUAUGGGGGGAAUAUCCAGACAUCAUCAAUUCAGCAUUUCUCCCCAGAAUGUAAGCCUGGAGAAAAAAAUGGUUUUGGUGCCAUUGCUUUAGUUGAAAACACUGCCACUCUUUCAGGGGUAUUUUCAGACCCACUGUGGCAGUCAAAAUGGAGAGGAUGAGAGUGAACCAUAGGUUUUGCUUGAAGGACCAAAGAGUGAGGGCAACAUUAUAAUGAAAAAAUUAUUACACAGCAUACAUUGUGCAUAUAGUAAGCUUUAUUUCACCGUAUCAGCUUGUUUUCAUUUCUCUCUCUUUCCUUUUGAACACAAGCUCCUAGUUGCUUUUUAAACCCGCCACAGGGAACAGAAGAGAUUGCAGUCGCUUGCUGGAGAUCAUUUUACCCUUAUCAAUGUCUACAGGGCUUACAAGGAAGCUAGGACAAGCUCCACAGGCCUGUGUAAGUGUGUGUCAAAUAUUUUAAUUACACUUUAAAAAUUCAUCCUGAAAUGCUUCUGAACAAUUAUUCCAGCUUUCACUUAUAGAGGACCUAUAAGCUAACAGACUAUUUUAUUUUUAUUUAAUAAUAAAAAACAGCAAAAGGAGCAGGGAAAGAGGCAAUGUGAGCAAUGAGGAUAGGCAGCAGGAGCCCUCUUCAGCAUAUUCAGCAUUAAGCAAAUACAAGGGGGGCAAAUCCAUGAGAAUGACUGUGCUAGCUCUGCCACUGGCAUUGUUUGGGAGGGUGACUGAAGCAAAGAGCCUUCUUCUCUUUUUGUGGAGGCUCUUGCAUAUUUUAAGAGGACAAUGAGGACCAUGGGGAGAGAGCUCACCCUUUCCAGUGGCUCCUUUUGCUUCAUACUUCCCUUCCUAUGGAAUGCUUGAAGAGGGCUAGCAAUGAAUUCCAAUUUUAAAAUGGUAAAUUAUAUGGUCUAAUGAAGAAAACGCAUACUUAGAAGUCAGUUCCAUUAAGUUCAGUGGGACUUAUCCCCAGAUAAGUGUGUAUAUGACUGUAGCCUUUAUCCUGAAAAAAGGGUUAUUCUGCCAGGUAAAAUCUUCAUAAUUACAUCUGGCAUGACAGAAUAACCUCUUUUCAGGAUGAAAGCUGCAGUCCUGUACAAAUUUAUUUGGGAAUAAGUCCCUUUAGAGUGUAAUGGAACUGGAUUCUCUAGCAAAAACAAACACAAUUUUACCUUUUUCCCCCUCGCAGACCGUAGUACUGAAAAGUGGUGUCAAGAGUAUUUUCUGAACUGCUCUGCACUAAGAAUGGCGGAAGCUAUCAGAGCUGAAUUGGAUGACAUUAUGAAACGAAUUGAACUCCCAAUUUCAGCACCUGCUUUUGGAUUGAAAGAAAAUGUACUGAGGAUAAAGAAAGCACUCUUGUCUGGUUACUUUAUGCAAGUAAGGAAACCAAAUGGAUAGUUUCAUCUAGGUUUAUUAAUGUUAUGGAAAAGCUUAAUUUAAUCAAAAUACUUUGCUUUCAUUUGUAUUGACAUAAUAAUGCUCUGUCCCUUUGAUUCCUAUCCCCCAAUUUGUUUUAAUUCUAUAGCUUACUCUUCAGUCCUCUUACAAUUCAUUUAAAGCUGUAAAAUUAAUUUGUGUAGUCAUUUGACUACAACACAACUAUUCUUGGAUCGUAUUUUGGUAUUUAAUGGAUAACUGAAUGCAGGUAAUACACUGCAGUAGGCAUAAGUCCAGGUAAAUUACAUGUCAUUUAUUGACUUUUCAUGUUCUAGAUAGCUCGUGAUGUUGAUGGUGCUGGAAACUAUUUAAUGUUGUCGCACAGGCAAGUAGCCCAGCUUCACCCUCUGUCAAUAUACUACAACACUGCAAGGAUCCCAGAGUGGGUUGUGUUCCAUGAAUUCAGUAUUCCUGAAAACAACUCUCUAAAAAUCAUCUCAGCGAUAUCACCUGAUCUGUGAGUAAGAGGAAGUUGGAAUUUAGGUUUUCAUUCAUGUUUGUAGCAUACAACUUCCAUUUAAGAGCACAACCCAACAUUACACAGCUUGCUUCCUGGGAAAAUUGGAGAAACAGGAAGGGUGGGUGAUCUUUGCCUUUAGCUUCCAGCAGUAAGAUACAUUUGUGUGUGUGUGUGUUUUUAAGCUGGCACCCCACCACCCACAUCAAUAGUUAGUGUUGAAAGGUCUCCUAGCACUUUUCUUAUUUUAAGCGGGUUAUGACCACAGAGAACUGCCUUAUAGUGAGUCAGACUAUUAGUCCCUCUAGCUCAGUGUUGUCAGUACAGACUGUAUUUCAUGUGGGAUUUUCUGCAUACAAAGUGUGUGCUCUAACAUUUCUGCAGAGUUUGGAUAUUUGGUAGCUACCUGUUCCAUAAUUUUGAUUUGGUGGAAAUAGUAUGACUUGUGCUGAAAGUUAUUAUAUGGGAGGUAUAUCAAAUAUCAUUAGGAUACUUUCACACUGAAUUAUAGAAAUCCAACUGACAAUCUCAUGGAAGUGUAUAUUAGAUCUGUCAGCAUUCUGAAAGUAUAUUAAGGGAGGCAAGGAAGUGAAAUGUUUUAAAGUUUUUAAAUCUCACCAUUUCACAACUGAUUUUAUCUGCAGGGCUAGCAUGAUCCUAUGAUCCAAAUAAAUGCAGAAUCAGUGCAGAAUGGAGUUGCUCAUUUUGGGCCCAUCAGCCCAAGCUAUGCUCCUAGUCUCCCAUUCAAGCAAAAUCCCAGUAAUGAAGUACUACCUGACAAGCUCCACAUUAGUUGUCCAGAAAUAGCCAUUGAGCAAAUCAUUUUAACUUCACUGUUUGCUUGGUGGCAUAGAUAAAUAACUGUUUUUAAAAGGGCCUUACAAAAGGAAACAAAGUGCAGGCUAUAGUCACAUGUUCUCAUUGACUUCAUACUGAGAAUUUGUUUCCGUGCAGAUGGUUUGAGCUUGCAGCUCAGCAUGGCUGAACUUCAGAAGUGCUUUCUAUUAAAUAAAUAAGUACAUUUUGGUUAAAAGCAUUUCACUUACUGAACCAUGGAUAAGGGAGUAAAGUUUUAAUUAGAAAUUUAAAAAUGAAAUGUUUAGCCUUCAGCUAUUUCAGUCCUAUGUCACAACUUGGUUUGAUGCACCUGCUUAAGCAGGUAGUAAGUUCAAAUUGAUACAAUGCAAUCCCCCUUUUAGUAAGAUAGACUGAAGAAUAUGGGUGAUAGACAAUGUUAAGACUAGUAUGAAAUUAAUGGACAAGUUAACUCUGAGCAUAUCUAUUCCUGUGUCCUGGCACACAGAACCAAUACACAGAUGUGAAAUCAAAGUUAAACAAAAUUCAUGUUAUAUAUUGAAUCAGGAGCACUAAUGAAUAACUAAUAAUUCCGCACAUGUGUGGCUAGUGAUGACUGAAUUUAUUUGAAAUGCUAUAAUGCACAUAGUAGCAGGAAACCAUUCCUUUUCCCCAAACUACUAAAAUAGAUAAAAAUUGUGCCCUUCUACAGUUUCCCUAAAUUUAAAUAGGUUAUGCACUGAAGCUUCUGGUAGAAUUUGCAAAGAGUAUACUCAUAUCCAGGACUAUGUUAUAUUUUGAUUGCAACACCUGGAAACCAACUACUAGCACUCCAAGGCAAACGGAACAUAUUAAUUUGUAAAGAAACUGUAUAAUCUUAUAUGUACACUUUACCUGGAAUAUAUAAUUUGGAACCGAUUCCAGCUAUGCAGCUCUAUAUUUAAUGCAUCAAAAUGUUCCUGUCUGUAAGCAUUUGCUGCAUGAGUCAUAAAACAGUCAUAGAAAAUAUUGAAAAAUUGCCUUCUUAAAAAAAAUAUACCCUCACUUGUUUAUUCUGUUUCUUAACAGAUUUGUGGAGCUGGCACCUCAAUACUAUUUUAGUAAUCUGCCUGCCAGUGAGAGCAAGGCUAUUCUGCAGGAAGAAAUCAAUCAUUUAUCACCCAUUUCAACAACAGGCAAGGAAGAAAAAACAAACAGCAAAGAUAAAGAAUAUAAAAAAUAUCCUGAAACACCUGCCAAACAGCGAUGCAUUAUUCAAUAAGUUUGCUAUCCCAAACUGUGUUGAAGUAUAUAACCUCUAUGUACAAUAUAUUCCCAACACCAGCUUUUAUAUGACAUGAGAAAUGAUUUUAAAACAGAACAAAAUCGCAGGAGUUUUUUGUUAUUAUCUUUGGCAACAUGGAAACAACCUACAGUUAGUUAGAAAAGUUUUCAACAAUAAUUAAGUGAUUACUGUUUUGA